CUCUCCCCGGAGCUGCCGGUGGUGCUGGCUGCGGUGGCGCCUCCCGCUCUGGCGUCCCCGGGGCUCUUGGCAGCGGCGGCCCUACCCUCCCUCUCUCUGCAGUAUUGGUGGCCGCUUUGGUGGCUCUUUGAUUCUCGAGCUAGGGAGCGCUCCCCUGGACCGAAUAAGCUUUCACAGGACAAAAUAGAAGAACCAAAUGGAAAAUAUGCUAUUUUGGUUGAUAUUUUUCACCUUUGGGUGUCUUCUCGUUGAUGGAUCUGAAAUGGAACAGGAUUUUAUGUGGCCCUUGAGUACAAUACCCCGGGUUGUCAGUGAAAGGACUUUCCAUCUUACCAGCCCCACAUUUGAGGCAGAAGCUAAGAUGGUGUUAAACCCAGUGUGUGGCAUCGAAUGCCACAAAGAACUCCCAGCCCCCAGCCUCUCUGACCUGGAAGACUCUCUUUCAUACGAGACUGUCUUUGAGAAUGGUACCAGGACCUUGACCAGAGUAAAAGUGCAAGGUUUGGUCCUUGAGCCAACUCAAAAUAUCACAAGAGGAGCAUCUGUUCGGAGAAAGAGGCAGGUGUAUGGCACAGACAGCAGGUUCAGUAUCUUGGACAAGAGAUUCUUGACCAACUUCCCUUUCAAUACAGCUGUGAAGCUCUCCACGGGCUGCAGUGGUGUCCUCGUCUCCCCCAGUCACGUUCUAACAGCUGCCCACUGUGUUCACGAUGGAAAGGACUAUAUCAAAGGGAGCAAAAAGCUAAGGGUAGGUUUGUUGAAGAUGAGAAAUAAAGCUGGUGGCAAAAGACGUAGGGGUUCUAAGAGGGGCAGGAGAGAAGCCACCGGUGGUGACGAAAGAAGGACCAAGGAGACUCUGAAGGUGAGCACCACUGCGGGAAGAGGAAGGGAACCUGGCCGGGCUGGGAGAGUCGCUGAAGGGAGGCCCUCCUUCCAGUGGACCCGCGUCAAGAACACACACAUUCCCAAAGGCUGGGCGAGAGGAGGGAGGGGCGGCGCUGCCUUGGACUAUGACUAUGCUCUUCUGGAGCUGAAGCGAGCUCACAAAAAGAAAUACAUGGAACUGGGCAUCAGCCCCACCAUCAAGAAACUGCCCGGCGGUAUGAUCCACUUCUCAGGAUUUGAUCGCGACAGGGCAGAUCAGUUAGUCUACCGGUUUUGCAGUGUGUCAGAUGAAUCCAGUGAUCUCCUCUAUCAAUACUGCGAUGCCGAGUCGGGCUCCACGGGAUCUGGGGUCUAUCUGCGUCUGAAAGAGCCGGACAGAAAGAAUUGGAAGCGCAAAAUCAUUGCGGUCUAUUCAGGCCACCAGUGGGUGGAUGUCCACGGUGUUCAGAAAGACUACAACGUGGCAGUGCGCAUCACGCCCCUCAAGUAUGCCCAGAUUUGCCUCUGGAUUCAUGGGAAUGAUGCCAAUUGUACACAGGGCUGACAGAAGCCCCCAACGAGGUCGUGGAUUAUCUAAACUUCACAGAAAACCAGUUUUGAUUAUAGUAACUAGGUCACUUCAUAGGUUAUUCUUGGACAUGAACACUAUUAGCAGUUCAUUUUUAUAAACACUUUUUUCAAAAUUAGGGCAUUUUUUAGGGUGCGUUGGUGGUAUAGUGGUGAGCAUAGCUGCCUUCCAAAAUUAGGGCAUUUUCAUGUUAAAAAAUGUUUAGGUACAGAUAUUGAAACUAGGUGCACACUUCAAAGCCAAGUAUAAUUCUUUAUAUGGUGGUAAGUUUCAUUUGUGGGGGAAAGUUUUCUUUCUUUCUGCCUUCUUAAAUCUUCAAGCUGGUGCUAUAAGUAACAUGCAAUUUCUCCAUGGUCUUAUGCUCAGGGCCCUGCACUAAGAAGAACUUAAUAGGAUGCCAGUUGCAAAUUAAUUAUGAACCCACACAGAGAGAGACAGCACCACACUUAGAAUCAGGUCAGAGAUAACACAGCACACAGUCUGUGCUACUUCAUGUGGACCCAUUCAGCUCACACCUUCAGUGAUUAUAUUGAGCUUUCUGUUGGGUCUGAGAAACUUCAGAACAACAAGCUUUAUAAACAAAACUAUUAACUUUCGCUGAUUUUAAAAAUCCACUGAGGUAUUAUUUAAAAACAAGAGAAAUGCUUUCUACUAUAAAAUAAAGGUACUUGAAAAAUAGGGAAGCGGAGAUACUUUAAGAGCUCCAAUUUUUAUUUAAUAUGCAAAACAUGGGCUUUUCGUUUAUGCAUAAGACAGUUUAAAAGUUAUAAAUGAGCAAACCUUGAAACUCACACCAAUUUAUGCUAUACAUUCCCCUAUAUAUGAACAUUUUAUAUUUUUAGUUCAAGGAAUUCUGUUUUUUUUUUUUGAAGAGAUCCUUUUAACUCCUGGACAAAAUUAUGCUUUCUCAUAGGGUCACAAGUAUAUUAUACUGAUGAAUUUUUUGAUUAGUAAUUUUAAAUAUGUCCUAAAAAUGACUCUACUCUACAAAUACAAUUUUAAAAAGAAGAUUCUUUAAAAUGAUUAUUGUUGAUGAUUUAUUUUGAGUAAGAACCAAGACCACUUGCUCUGGCCAUUAUGUGGACAGACCCAGCAUCUGUCCUGGGGCAAAACGCAUGAUUUUUCUCUGCAUCUUUGUCAACAACUUGUUGGAAGUCUUUUUAUUUGCCAUUCUCAUGGGUGUGAGAUGGUAUCUCGUUGUGUAAACUACCCGGAUCCUUAACCAUUAAAAUGUUUUUUUGGAAUGUUAAUGUGUAUUAUUGAAAGUUCAGAAUUUAUCAUACAACCACACCCAAUUUAUGUAUACACUUAGCACUAUGGCAUAUAGACACAGCAACUAUGGUAUAAUGGCAAAAAUUCAGGAUGUGGUAUAAAAUACCUCUAAUUGUUUGAUCAUAGUAGACUGCCCUGAAUAAAGCAAAUGUUCAGCAAAUAGAAUAUG